AUGUACCUUUUGGGAAUCGGCUUAUCAUGCACCUACGAAUUGGGCGGACCGAGUAAGGGGAAGAGCAAAGUUAGUGUCGGCGAUCGCAUACAGCAGCUCGAGGAGCUUGUCCGUACCCUACUUGCGCAGCAAGAAAGUACGCCCGGUGUUGAUCCUAAUGGUCUUAUUCGAGACCUUUCGUCUCAAGCCAAGUCACCGCAGAGUGUCUCCAAGGUUCCUCAAGUAUCGCUCGACGAGAACACUCUCGUGCCAGUUAUUGACCGUGCGUCUAUAUUGCAAAGACAUGGCACUGCUGACUCCCCCGCACCCUCACCCACAGAGCCCGGUAGUAUGCGUCUGAAUCCGCUCGGUGUCGGAGCUACCUACGUGGGGAGCGUCCAUUGGGCCGCCGUUCUCGACAGUAUCUCGGAGCUCAGAGAUCAUUACGAGGAGGAAGAAGAGGCCCGGAUGCUGACAAUUAACGACCAUGAACUUCUCCAAAGCUCGGGACCUAGACUGCUGUAUGAGCCUGUCCAUACCACGAAAGCUGAUCUUCUUGCUUCCAUCCCACCGCGGCCCGUUGUUGAUCGCAUGGUCGCGAGAUACUUCAAUACACAAGGCGUUGUGCCAAGCAUCCUUCACAGCGGACAUUUUCUGCAAGAGUAUGACAAAUUCUGGCAGGAUCCACAUGCCAUGUCAUGCAUUUGGAUCGGUCUCCUUUUCAGCGUAAUGUGCGUCGCUACACUAUGUCAACACUCGAUCGACGACCCAACGGAUCCUGAAUUUCAAGAACGACUGCGUCUCUUCCGUGAACAGACACUCCACAGUCUUGUCCUAGGCCAAUAUACCAAAGGCGGAGAAUAUGUGCUAGAAACCUUGAUUAAUUAUCUCAUCUGUGAGUCGUUCAUGUCCCAAGACGAUGAGACCGGGCUGUGGCUCGUGCAAGGUAUAAUCGUCCAGCUCGCUCUAAGUCAGGGCUACCAUCGAGAUCCCAGUAACUUCCCAAGCAUUACACCAUUUUCUGGUGAGAUGCGGCGCCGCGUGUGGGCUGUUAUUGUGCAGUUGGAUCUUCGUCUCUCGAGCCAGAUGGCAUUGCCGUGUGUGCUUAAGUCGCAGCAGUAUGAUACAGCUGAGCCACGUAACUUGCUGGACUCGGAUUUCGACAAGAAUACGGCUGAGCUACCUCCUUCGCGACCCGAAACUGAAGUUACGCGCGUGCUGUAUAGUUUGGCUAAGGGGAGAAUAGAUAAGAUGAUGGGACUGGUCAGCGAUCUUGUCAAUGAUACCAAGGAGCAUCCAUACACAGAAAUCAUGGAACUGGACCGGAAGCUACAAGCAGCUGAGGCUUCACUACCACCAAUAUUUCAAUGGCAACCACUUAGCCAAUCUUUUAUGGUGGCACCUGAGAUCGUCAUGCAUCGCGUAUUACUCCAGCUCGCUAUACAGAGACUUACCAUCUGGCUUCACCGAAAGUAUCUCGCACCGCCGUAUACCCAGACAUGCUAUCAGUACUCACGCAACGCUUGUGUCCAAGCCGCGAUCAAGAUUCUGGAGUUCCAGCAGAUAGUGCUUGAGGAGACGCAGGCAGACGGACUGCUAUACCCUGCAAGGUGGGCUAGGUGGAUGCUCCUGUCCUCGCGGCCGCGGGCAGUUUUUUUGCUGGGCGUGAGCAUUCUUUGUUAUUAUGUACAGCUGGCCAAGUCACGACCGGAUGUUUCGCUGGACGAGAGCACAGGGACAAAGAUUCACGGUCUAUUGCGUAAUGCGUAUCCCCUCUGGCUAAACUCAACCACAGUAUCUACGGAAGCUAGGCGAGCCAUUGAUUAUCUGAGCCUCAGACUAGGGCUCCAGGAACAAGAGAUUGGUGAACCUCUUGCUGAUUCUAUGGCCGACACGCGUCAGGACACAGAUAUAUCCCUUGACCAGUUUACCUGGGACACAUACGACGGUAAGCGGCCCGAAUAA